AUGGCUCUUAAAGAAGAGUUUGGUGAGAUGGAACACAAGAUUCUUGAGCUGGAGAAGCAACAAGUGGAUCUGAAAGAGAAGAUAUGUCAGAUGGAGUCAUGUGCAAGAGAUCGUGGGGUAGAGCUUGACAAUCUGGAGUCUGAGUUCAAAGCAACUUCAUCUGCUCCCUGGUCAAAGGGAUCAAAGGAGGGAAACAAAAAUGGGGAGAAACCUCGGUUCAACAAGACUGCAAUGAGCAACUUGAGAACCAUUGUGAAAGAUUUGGACGCAAAAGCUCUACAUGUGUUUCUCGCUCAACUUUCUGAAACCAAAGAGAUCGGUUCUGACUCUGGCGGUGGCUACACGGUCUCUCUCUUUGAAGACCUUGCACGUGCACACGGAGUCAAAAUCUCUCCCCAUGUGGAAACAAUCAUGCCGGUUAUCGUAAGGACGCUGAGCUCUUGUGGAGGGGCGUUAAGUGUCCAACAGGCUUGCUCAAAGGCGGUUGCUGCUAUUGCUAGAUACGGAAUCGACCCCGCAAUGGCGGAAGACAAGAAAAGGAACAGCUUAGCUGUUUCUCUCGAAGCCGCUUCUGAGUCUCACAUGGCGCUUGUGAUAGCUCUCGCUAAGCGCAAUGCUUUUACAGUUGAGGCGUACGCGAGGCUUUUUGUGAAGUCGGGGCUGAGGAUUUUGGAGUUGGGCGUUGUGGAGGGUGAUGCUCAGAAACGGGUUUUGGCUGUGCAGAUGCUUAACUUCCUGAUGAAGUAUCUGAACCCCAAGAGUUUGUCUUCUGAGGUGGAGCUUGUGUUGCAUGAGAUGGAGAAACACGUGGAUGAUGAGGUGUAUUUUGUUAGAGUGGCUGUUCAUGAGACCUUGGGUACAGCAGAGAGAUUGAUAAGAGAGGCUGAUGGAGAGAACUGCAAGAUUCAGUUCUCUGGUGGAGAAGGUGAUAAUAUGGAGUCGGUCAAGACGAAACAAGAAGAAGAGACGGCAGAACGUAGCAGGCACGGUUUCAGACAAGAUUCGUUCAGUGUACUGCUAGAGAACAGAGAGCAGCUAAGGCAGUACAGUGAAAGCUCAUCAUCGUCAUCGAUACAUGAUAGGUCUGGUACUACUACUCCAACAGAAGACAUCUGUGAGAAACCAAAGUCAGAGGCCAAAGUUAAGACAGAAGAGACUGUAACAAGAAGCAAGAAGAGGUUUGCUUACUCCUUCAUCUGGGUGCAUCUGCGAGAUGAUAUGAUGAUGAUGCCUCCUCAUCUUGUUCCUACUUGA